GUUAAUUCCAAAGUGAAACGAAUAGAUUAGAGGACUAGAGAGAAAAAGAGAGAGAAGAUCAUGGGCAUAGCAAGGAAGUCAGUUACUACCUUCGCCGUUUAUUUCAUCCUCUUCUUGAUUAUCUUUGAAGUGUCAGAGAUAUACGCGCAGGAUAGCAAGUGUCUGAAAGAAUACGGCGGUAAUGUGGGUUUCAGGUACUGUGCGCCACGGAUAUAUCCGUCGUUCUGUUAUCGAAACUGCCGUAAGAACAAGGCCGCCGAGGGAGGAAGAUGCCGUUCAGGGGAGGCAGGAGCUGGUGGUAUGAAAUGUUUAUGCGACUACUGCAGCGACAAACCUUAAUAAAAUAUUCAGAUCGUUUACACACUUUGGCCGCAACCGCAAAUGCAAAUGCUGCAGCUAUACUCUCUAGUUAAAACCCUGUAUGUGUUAUGGUUUGUUGAAUAAUAAAGGUUAAUGGUCCAUUAAAAAAAAAUGGUCCAUUAAUUAACAAUAUAAUAAUGAAU